AAAUAUAUCAUCUUGCAACCUUAGAUGAAGACGUAGACUUACGACGCUUACCCACAGCAUAUAGUACAUCAUACCCACCAAAGCCUGGAUUAUGUGAUUACUGCAAGUCUCCCCUGGGUGAAAAUAAUGGAAUGGCCUUAAUUUGUGGUCACGGUUAUCAUUUUGUGUGUUAUAAUGGAAA